UACCAGUUACCUACCAAACUGUGGAUUUACUUGUGUUUGAUAUAGUUUCUACAAUUUUAAUGGGAGAAGAGCACAGUAGGAUUGCCAUCCUUUUCCCGUAUACGGGACGCGAUUUGCUCCGUAUUUCUGUAUGUCCGACAGUAACGCCUAUCACACACAUAUAAACAUUUAGUGUAACAAUAAUUACAAAACUCAAACACAAGAUUUGUUAAGGUCAGCUAAAUUUUGGCGGGAGCUAGUAAGGACCCCAGAACGCUUCGGACCAAUGAUGAUGUCACGGUUGCCUAGAGACGGACACUAAGCCCCUUUUGCACUGCACCGCUGGACCCGGGUCGACCCGGGUCCAUUUAAUAAUGGCGUAUUAAGUUUUGUUGUGCUGCUUUGGACCAAAAAAGGUCUGAGUUAACUCCCGCUCUCCGGGUAAACUCAACCGACGCUCGCCACAGUUGUUCUUAUCUUCCCAAACUUCAGCAGUUUUCUAGUUGUUCUGCUGAGAUAGUGUCAUCAACUUGUGACAUCACGCAUAGUGAUGUCACAAAGAGCUAGUCACAAAUUGAACUCUGCACACUUGAAUUCUGCAGUCAUAAGCAUUGCGGAAGAGAGAGAGAGAGCAAGAAGAAGGAUUGUGUCCCAACAAGAGAUUGAAAAGGAAAGUUUUUCAAGAUUAAAAGGAAUUUCUCACAAACAAAUAAAGGAAAACAUGGGGCAGAUUUUGAAUUUAUUCAGACAGAAAGGAUCAAAAGUGAGUCAGCGCAAUAAGGAUUCAUCUUCUGAUUCUGGGAAUGAAGAAAUACAGCAGAUCUUGGCAAGAGAGACAGAGAAGCUAAAUGGCAUCUUGGAAGAAGUUAACAUGAUGUCCAUUGAGAGACAGUCACUCAUCAAAGCAAACGAGGAGCUGAAGAACGAUAACAUGGCAUUGAAGCAGGAAAACACUGCACUGGGGCAACAAAACACCGUCUUGGAAGAGGAAAAAAGCAUCCUGGAGCAGAAAAACACUGCCCUGGAGAAGGAAAGAAAUACGCUACAUCAGGAAAACAUCACAUUAAAACAGGUAAAUACCAUCUUGGAGGAGGAAAACACCUUCUUCAAGCAGAAUAAUACGGUCCUGGAAAAAGAAAAGACUGCCAUGGAGCAGAAAUACACCACUCAAAUCAACACCUUGGAGCAGAGAAUUUCCACGUUAGAACAGGAAAACACAUCUCAGAGGGAGAGAAUUUCCACGUUAGACCAGGAAAACACCUCUCAGAGGGAGAGAUUGUCUCAUAUAUUGCGGGUAAGUACCUACCUGGAGCAAAGACGAAGGCGUUUGGAAGGGCAAAACUUUGUUUUUGAGCUUGAUAACAGACACCUGCAUCAGAGCCUCAAUUUAAGAAGAAGGCAACAUGAGCAGGAAAAAACCUCCCUGAUGCUAAAUAUCACUGCUCUGGAGGUGAAAUGCACUGCCCUGGAGCAGAAGAACGCUGCCCUGGAGGAAGAAAAGGCUGCUAUGGAGAAGGAGAAGAUUGCUCUGGAGGAAGAAAAGAACGCUCUGGAGAAGGAGAAGAUCGCUCUGGAAGAGAAAAACACCACCCUGGAGCAAAAAAGUACCGCCCUGGAGAAGAGAAUAAACUACUUGGAGCAUAAAAACAAGACCUUGGAGCUGAUAAAUGCCACCAUGGAGCAAGUGAAGAGCUCUCUGGAGAAGGAGAACACCACCUUGGAGCAGGAAAACAAUAACCUGCAGCUUGAAUUGGAACAGCUGAGGGACAGAAUAGAACAGGUGUUUUCAGACCAGCCACAGAAUCGGCCGACUUUAUUCAGAAGAGUGAUCAGAGGCUUUUCCAAUAUGCUUCUGAAAAUGUACCAAACAGGAACUCUCAGGUACUGGAUCGAAAGAUGGUACUUCUAAACUAAGAAGUGUCAUGAGGGCUCCAAGCUUCAUGCUUGAUUAUCGGUGGUCUCCAUGCUGACUUCCAGGGCUUCGUAGCGAGUCAUGUUGGUCUCCUGGCAGACCUCCAGGGCUUUGUAUUGAGUCCUGUUGGUCUCCCGGGCUGACCUCCAGGGCUUUGUAGAGAGUCGUGUCAGUCUCCCGGGCUGACCUCCAGGGCUUCGUAGCAAGUCCCAUUGGU